CAGAAACCUUACCAAACAGGUUUCUCUGCAAAUAAAGAGUUGUCAUCGUCAUGUCAAAGAAAUGGAUGCGCUUCUUUAAAAUAACAACACUAUUUAUGCUGGUCUUGUACGUAACAGCGAAGUUUAGUGGGUUCUUCAGUAUAUUAUCCAAAAGUUGUGGUAAUUCGGUGAAUCGUCGCUCAUUCGAACUCGAUGAAAAAGAAAUUUGUUUGAACAUACGUGAGGAAAUGUUUUUAGGGAGGUUAGAAUCCUUCUCAACACAACUCUUGUUGCUGAAAUUGUCAUCGAAGGACCAAGACAUAGAUUUGAUAGACGAAUCUUAUGAGGAGGUUCAAAACCUCAUUCACCAGAUCAAAAAGAAAAGGGUGUCAUCCGAAGUGACGAAAAAGACUACAGCUACACCAACUAGAAAAACAACCACAACAACGCAAGCAACUGGAAAUUCUCAGCAGGAGACCAUGUACAGCUGUGGCGAAUAUUAUAACGGUAGUAUGUAUGGUUAUCCCCGUUAUAAAACGGGUUUUGUUCGGGAAAAAUGCAAGAGACCACAGCUUCAUGAGUCUGUUACACUUAUCCUGGAUCGACCACGAUAUUCCAAAACUUUAGUUAUGUCGCUUAAAAAGAUAACUUUGCCGAUGUAUAUUUUAAUGGAUGAAAAAUCAGAAAGUGGUGCCUUUUCAAAGAACUUACCCAGUUCAGUAAAAAUAAUAUAUUUUUCAAAUAAAACAAACUAUAUUGGAAUGAUCUUGAACUCGAUUUUACAUGAAGUUGCGACUCCAUAUGUCUUGAUAACCCCGUUUCUCGGAGAGUUUGAUAAAAAAACAGUAGAUAUUGAGCGUCUUGUUCAUGUGCAAGAAAUAUCAAAAGCUGAUAUUGUCGGUGCUGCUAGCAAGGAUAUUGAUACUGGAGAAUGGGACAGAAGUUGCUAUCAAACUAUGUUAAAAUUGUAUACCUUAAAGUACACCAAGGGUUACCGAGUCUCAGAACAUGAAUGCCUUCGUUGUAACUUUGUUUCCAGUCCUUUCCUCUCAAAAAAGAAAUUUUUAGUUGCAAUAAAAUUCAAUUCAAAAUUAACUCACGGUAUUUAUGAAGAUUUCUUUUUGCGUAUCAACCAAUCGAGACAUAAAAUACUGGUUUGCCCCGAUGUAAUGUUCUACACAUACCAACCAACCGUGUUUGAUUAUCAAUUAAAGUAUUUUGCAAGAAUAAGAGAUAUUAAAAAGAUUGUAUAUAGCGAUGGUUCCGUAAAAUGGUAUGGCUGCCGAAAAGGAUAUCCGCACGCGUCAAAGAAAAAAUGCACCUUUCAAAAAGGUAUGGCAGUUCCUCCCUGUUGCUUGGAGAACCUGAAGGAUGCGUUAAAUUUCGUUUUCGAUCAGUGUUACCAGUUCAACAUCACAUGUGAAUUACAAGAAGGAUCAGUGUUGGGAGCUGUGAAGUUUGGAGGUAUAUUGCCAUGGGAACGUGACGCAGAUGUAUCGGUAUUAUCAAAAGAUUUUUAUUCAUUUCAAAACCUCUCCUUCGUCUUUCAAAAGGCAGGAUACGAAGUAGUUAUUCAUGAAAACACUACCUGUUGCACACAAGAUGGCCGUGUUAAAGGCGGAGUGCUACAUAUUCGAGCUCAUGGAUGGAGUGUUCAAGUAUUUGGUCAAGAUGACCUACACAACUUAGGCGUGAGAACAAGCAUACAAACAUUAAAGCAUUGGUUUCUUCCCGAAAACCCGGGGUUAUAUGUCCGGAAUCGAUAUGGUUACAGUGUUUAUAAGCACGCUGAGCACUGGAUGACUGUCAACCAUGAAAGUGGGUGGGAACCUUAUGUAGGAGGGAAGUUUUCAUCGUGUCCAAAGCCUGGACAUCACGGAUGUUUAGAUAGAUUUACAGCAGAUGGAGAUUUACCAUUUUUUGUCUGACAUGCUACAUCUUAUGUAAGACCUUUGUUAAACUUGGUCACUUUUCACGUGACGCAGAUUUCAUUAUCAUUUUUGUGGGUUUUUUAAUACGCUCAAUUACUUCAUGAACGUGCUAGUCUAUAUUCAA